AUGCCGUUCAAAACAAAUGCAUCAAUUACCCAAUUUGGAGGUCAAUUGUUAAAAUUGACUCAUGACUCCAAACUUACUAAAACUCCCAUGAAUGUCAAUGUAUUUAUUCCGCCAAGUUCCAAAGCCGCUAAGAUCCCCGUGUUGCUUUAUCUUUCCGGAUUGACAUGUACACCAGAGAAUGCCAGUGACAAGUCCUUCUUCCAAUACUGGGCUAGCAAGUAUGGGUUUGCGUUAGUCUUUCCCGACACUUCCCCAAGAGGAGCCGACAUUAAAGGAGAAGACGAUAGCUGGGAUUUUGGUACAGGCGCUGGGUUCUACGUCAAUGCAACUCAGGCUCCUUGGUCUACCAACUACAAUAUGUAUUCGUAUGUACAUGAAGAAUUGAUUGACGACUUGAGUGAAGUGUACAAGGCAUUGGAUUUUGAUAAUAUAUCAAUCACUGGUCAUUCAAUGGGUGGUAUGGGAGCUUUAGUUGGGUUCUUGAGAAAACCAAGAAACUAUAAAUCGGUGAGUGCAUUUGCACCAAUUGCUAAUCCUAGUAUUGUUCCAUGGGGUGAGAAGAAUUUCGGUGGAUAUUUGGGCAACGAUAAGAACAAAUGGGCGGAGUAUGAUCCAACUGAGUUGGUUAAACAUUUCAAUGGUGAUGAUACAUCAACCAUAUUGAUCCAUCAAGGUUUGAAGGACAACUUUUACGAAAGAGAAUUGAAACCAGAAAACUUUGUCAACGCUGCCAAAGGUUACAAAGGAGAGGUUGAUUUGAAAUUAGUUGAUGGAUAUGACCACUCUUAUUACUUUAUUAGUUCAUUUGUGGAGGAACACGCUAAACACCAUGCUAAAUAUUUGGGAUUAUUAUAA